UGACACGGCAAUAUUGCUAAUAUAACAAUGCCCGGGGCAAGUUAUAAAUAGCAUACCAAAAUCGAAAACAAGAAAGAACCUUUUUCAGAUUUAGCAUAUUUUUGAACGUGAAAGUACCUAAAAAUUUUCAUAAACAAAUUCCAAUUUGAAAAAAAAUAUGGAUUAAAAUCGAGAUACUGAUAAGAUCAAGAGUGAUAUAUAUAUAUGACCUGAACUAGUCAAUAAAUUAGAAUUCAACAGAGGCAAAGUCAUUUGGUUAUUCAAAAGAGAUCUAUGAUAAUGAGACAAGAUUGGAGUACGAUGAUACGAAUUUUGAUGUUCCUCAGCUUUACUGUAGGAUUGGCAUCGGGGAACAAGAUAUACCACUUCAAUCCCCCCAGCCCAUCAACACCUUACUAUUAUCCAGGUACUAAAGUUCCAGUGCACCCACCUCCAUAUGACAAGAAUCUUUUUAAAAAGAAAGGAUUUUUGAAUGUGCCAUUAACUAUGGCUUUAUGCAGAAAAUACAGUGAGCUACGAAGACUCAAACCAUGUGCAAGAGCAAUACAGAACAUGCAAAGAGGAAUACUACCCAGAUGCCCGUUAUCUGAUAACAACAGAUGGCCGUCGAAUACAAGUCAGCAAUCUCAUACAAGAACGAAAAGAUCAUUUACCCCACUACCUGAAUGUACAGCAAGCCUACCAUCCGCAAUCACAGUCACAACAGCGAGAGAUUCAUUCAACCCUAAUAAAAAGUGGACAUUAUAUCAAUGCAUUGAGCAAGACAUCAUUCAAGUUUACUACACAAAUUGCGACGAUUCAGACCUUGGAUGGCCUGGAUUAUCAUGCAAUGCACUCUGUGUUCGGAUGAAUUUGCUCGUGUAUGCCAACGAUGACUUGAACAAUGAUGAUUAUAUCACCAAAACAGUGGAUGUUGACCUGUCAUGCUGUCUGACUGUCAACAGAAUAUCUUGGAAAUAAUCCAAUGGCUAAGUCUGAUUGAGAUCUUUCAUCCAAGAAGUGAUAAUAAAGCAUACCAAAUUGUUUAAAAUUCAAUGUCUAAUUUCAAUAUAAUAUAUGGAAUAGUAAAAGAUUCUCAUAAGGCAAUAUUCUUGUAUAUAAUGAAACAAUGAUAAAUUCUUAAAAAUUUAGAAGAAUAGUAAAAGAUGGGCCUACUUGUACAUAUUAUAAUAAUCAACUAUAACAACUCAUCAAAUUUAACAGCAGCUUAUUAAUAAAGUGCUAUUUUUUCGAAAAUAAAGGAUUAGUUUAGUCAAUUUGUGCUGAUUGAGUGGGUAAGGAUCAUUGAGAAUGGAACUUCAAUAAUAUCUGUUUUGCGUAAUCUGUGAGGGAAUCCGACGCAGUGAAAAUAAUUAUAUAGUAAAAUCGAAUGCAUAAGAGGGCUAAUGAUAAAAUUCCAAGUAGUUUUGAACCCACAUAAUAUGUGAUUAACCUGUUCAAAUGUGCACUCCUGAUCCCCCCCUUCGGUUAGCAAUGGACAAGAUAGGGUUUGAUUUAUAAACAGCCAUAACAAUCUAAGAAGCAUGACAUCUCUUGCCGAAUGCGGAAAAAAUAUAUCAUAUCUUGAUAUCGAAAAAUUUCUCUGAAGUUCUCUCAAAAUUCUGUUAAAUAUUUUAUUUUUGCGUAUUUGAUUUCAUCACUUGUCAAAUUGGAAAAAAGUUUCCUUAUCCCGAUAAACCUUAGAUAUUAAAAUUCUAUUGUCUUGUGCAAAGGCUACUCUUAGCUGCAAUUCCUAGAGAUCAGAUACGUUGAAAUUGUAUAUACAGCACACAUCUUAACAUAUUUUGGAGACAACAUAUUAUGACUAACUUAGCAAUACAACCACAAUAAAUGCUGCAUUGCUGAAAAAGAAUUUUCAGAGAAAUACUUGGUAAUGACAUUUAACUUCUAUUAAAUUUGGGAAACAAAGAUUUCUUUUCAAUAUUCAUGACAGUAUAAAUACAACAAAAAUCCUGGCAUAGUGUGUUGAUGCAACAGGAUGUGUGAUGUAAAAGACAGCGGUUUAUUUUUGAGCAGGUUCAAAUUGAGUCAAAUUGACAUAGUGUUAUUAGUCUUCUUCUGAAAAACAUAACUUCUUCAUAUCACCACAAGAAAAAAUUUUUUAGGCUCAAACAAUCCUUAAAUAAAUAGCUUGGGGCUAUUUUACAGCAUGCAAGGCUUGAACCGCAAACGUUAUGAGCAUAAAAGUAAUCCAACCAUAUAAAGAGUGGACACAAGCCAGUGUGUGGUAUAGUAUUAUAGAGAUGAUGUUAGAAAACAAAAGUAUGAAUUUUAUUUUUAUAUUUUAAGUGAGAAGCACAGGUUGAUAACUAAAAGAUAUUUUUGAAAUUUAUCUUCAAACAGAAGAAAAUCCAGCAUAGCAUUAUGGACUUUUUUAGGCUAUCACAUAGAAUUGGUAACAUGUUUCAAUUGAGAAAUACAACCAGAACCAAUUUGGCAGUGUUACUCCUUCUAUCAUAUUUCAGUAAAGUGAGGGCACAAAAUGAUUAUCCGGAAGAAACGGGAUUGACAGAAACACCAGGAAUCAAACCAAGCACCAUAUUUCCUGCAUUGGCACUCGCAGAGAUGAUACGAAUUUUGAUGUUCCUCAGCUUUACUGUAGGAUUGGCAUCAGGGAACAAGAUAUACCACUUCAAUCCCCCCAGCCCAUCAACACCUUACUAUUAUCCAGGUACUAAAGUUCCAGUGCACCCACCUCCAUAUGACAAGAAUCUUUUUAAAAAGAAAGGAUUUUUGAAUGUGCCAUUAACUAUGGCUUUAUGCAGAAAAUACAGUGAGCUACGAAGACUCAAACCAUGUGCAAGAGCAAUACAGAACAUGCAAAGGAGAAUACUACCCAGUUGCCCGUUAUCUGAUAACAACAGAUGGCCGUCGAAUACAAGUCAGCAUCCUCAUACAAGAACGAAAAGAUCAUUGACCCCACUACCUGAAUGUACAUCAAGCCAACCAAACCCAAUCACAGUGGUAGAAGCGAGAGAUUCAUUCAACCCUAAUAAAACGUGGACAUUAUAUCAAUGCAUUCCUCAAGACAUCAUUCAAGUUUACUACACAAAUUGCGACAACAAUUCAGACUUUGGAUGGGCUGGAUUAUCAUGCAAUGCACUCUGUGUUCGGAUGAAUUUGCUCGUGUAUGCCAACGAUGACUUGAACAAUGAUGAUUAUAUCACCAAAACAGUGGAUGUUGACCUGUCAUGCUGUCUGACUGUCAACAGAAUAUCUUGGAAAUAAUCCAAUGGCUAAGUCUGAUUGAGAUCCUUCAUCCAAGAAGUGAUAAUAAAGCAUACCAAGUUGUUUAAAAUUCAGUGUCUAAUUUCAAUAUAAUAUAUGGAAUAGUAAAAGAUUCUCAUAAGGCAAUAUUCUUGUAUAUAAUAAAACAAUGAUAAAUUCUUAAAAAUUUAGAAGAAUAGUGAAAGAUGGGCCUACUUGUACAUAUUAUAAUAAUCAACUAUAACAACUCAUCAAAUUUAACAGCAGCUUAUUAAUAAAGUGCUAUUUUUUCGAAAAUAAAGGAUUAGUUUAGUCAA